AUGCGCUUAAGAACCUUGCACAAGACUAGUGUAUAUGAGCAUGUUUUCGAGCGAUACAUGGAAUUACAGCAUAAUGCAGACCGACUCGAUCAGGAUUUAGGAAUACAAUCUAGACGAUCUAUCAACCUUGAGGUGGAUAUAAGCCCAGUUGAUGAUACCAAAGCGGACACAUUCAAUCUAAGUGUAUCUCAAUCACUAACGUCCUUGAACUCUAACAAUGUGAACAAUAAUUCUACUACAGGUUAUGUACUAUGGUCGAGUACACCUUACUUUCUCAAAUGUCUGCUAUAUAAUGAUGACGCAGCUCAACUAAGGAAAGGCGGAAAUGUCCCUCUACUUGAGGAUUGCCACCGAAACGAAAUACUACUCCCUGCAAUGUUUAGUUCUGGCGAUCAUAUAAGUUGCAUUGUAGAGCUGGGCGCUGGUAUAUCUGGUAUUAUGGCAAUUGUCAUGGCCAACUAUGUAGACAAAUAUGUUGCCACAGAUCAGAAAGCAAUUCUGAAAAAGCUGCAGGAAAACCUUCAAGAAAAUAUCAACGAGGUGCAAAAACGUAGCGUAAAUUCUAAUACAUUGCCUACCAUAUCCAGGACUAAAAAGACUUCUUCUUCCGCCUGUAACAUUGAGGUCCUAAACUUGGACUGGGAAACCUUCUGUAAGCCGCAAACCACCGUCAAUCCUUUUCUAGCCCCGCCGAAAAACACCUCUCAAGUCUACAUCGUGGCAUUAGACGUUAUCUACAAUGAAUUCUUGAUCAGCCCAUUUCUCCAAACCUUGAAAAGACUGCUACAGUGGUAUGUCCACGAAAACGGUGUAACGGCUGCGGCCCUCGUUGUAGUUCAAUUAAGAGCACAGGACGUUCUACAGUCCUUUUUAGAGCAGUCACUCACUGAACACCAGCUUAAAUGCUAUCACAUAGAACUAGACCAGCUUCUCAACUCGAGAUUCGCCGCAUAUUAUAUAACAUUGUAA